AUGUUGAGAAGAGAAAUAUCCACCUUACUAGCUAAGGGAUAUUUAACAGAAUUACUUGGAAGAAAGAAGGCCAAAGAUGUUAAAGGCUUGGAUUUUUCUAAACCAAAAUCAACACAAAAAGCAGAUUCUCCACCAGCAAAUGCAAAAGUAAUUAAUACCAUUUCUGGGGGAUCGGAAGUAUGUGGAACAACAUAUUCAGCAGCAAAGAGAUUCGCAAAGCAGAGUAAGGCGGAUAAAGGAGAAAGAAGCGUGAAGAAAGCAUCGAUCUCAGAUUCAGAUAUCAUUUCCUUCGAAGAAGAUUUUGCUGAUAUCUUGGAGCCUCAUCAUGAUGGUUUGGUAAUUACCCUUUUUAUUGCUAACCAUUAUGUUCGAAGGAUCUUAAUAGAUAAUGGAAGCUCGGUGAAUAUCAUCAAGCUAGAGACAUUGAAAAGAAUGGAUAUUUCAGAAGAAGAUAUCAAUGGAAAAGCUUCUCCAUUAAUCGGAUCCAGUUGCGAAACUAAAUAUACUAUUGGCGAAAUAAAAUUGCCAGUAUAUGUUAGGGGAAUAAAUUCGAUGCAGGAAUUUUGUGUUGUGGAUUCUUUUCCAGGAUGCAACAUAAUCUUGGGGAGACCUUGGAUCCAUGAAAUGAAGGCGGUACCUUCAACAUAUCACCAAUGUGUUAAAAUUCUGACACCUUGGGGAGUAGUUACUGUUAAAGGAGACCAACAAGAGGCCAGAGAAUGCUACAUGUCCAGCAUGAAGUCAAUUGCAAAGCUAACUUCACAAUAA